UUUGUCCUCUUGUUGUUGUUUGUUGUUGUUGUCCAAGUCCACAAGUUGACAGCUAGGUAGACAGACGUGUUCUUCUGACAUGGCCUUUACAUUAUGGAAUCUCUUGGAAGCAUCCAUUCUUAUCUUGAACGCAGUAUGUGUUCUUCACGAAGAAAGAUUUCUGAAAAAUGUUGGUUGGGGUGCAAAUGCGCCGGUUCAAGGAUUUGGCGAACAGCCAUCAGUAAAAUCACAAAUUCUUCAUUUGGUUAGGUCAAUUAGGACUGUCACAAGAAUUCCACUUAUCUUUCUAAACACAGCGUUGAUAGUAAUAAAACUAAUUCUUGGGUGACUAUCUUGUCAAGCUGUGCUCUUACUUCUAUCUAACGAAUAAAAGAACUUUGUGAUACUAAAUAAAAUAAUUAUAUAUAUUUGGAG